AGAUUAGUCAUCACCUCAUCUCAAAGCUAGGGGCAAAGCAACCCCAGAGAGGGGUCACCCGGCGCACAAGAUGGUGACAAAAGUGUGGGUUCUCGUCGCGCUGCUGUCUCUAGCAUGCUGCUCAGUGCCUGUAGCCGGGCAGGACUUCUCUGCCAGCUUCUACGAGACAUUGGGAUUCUACAUCCGACUGGCUGAACAGAAGCCGAUCGACUGGAAUUACACCUUAUACCUGCGGCACGUCACUGGAGAAGUGCAAGAGCCUUGUUACAGUCAAAGUGCACAACUUAAUACCGACAUGACAGCUGCCAAGGAGUACGCGAUCACCAUGCUGGACAGCAGUGGCAAGUUCCACCCGUCAGGUCUGUUUGAGGGACAGUGGAACGACUUCGGCAGCUUCAAAGGCUGCAGGGACCGCGUCAAAUACGCUGAAGACAUGCCGGCCGACAUGAAGCCCAUGUACUGUAUUGUCGUCUGGGAAGGAAUACCACCGGAAUUGGCAGGUGGUAAUACCGUUUUCGCACAGGGACUCUGUGUACCCAACACGUGCAGUGAUUCUGAAGUUGGACUCCUUGCAACCACAGGUCUCCUUGGUAUAAAGUCAAUGCCCAGCUGGACUGUGGCAGGUCUUUUCUGUCAGCGGGAAGAAGAGUACUCCAGCUUUGAUACUGGGGCCAUUGUUGCAAUAUGCGUCAUCGCCAUCAUCCUGCUGAUGUUGCUCAUCGGUACGCUGUACGAGUUCAUCAUAAACGUAUCUUACACGGAGGAGAAGAUGAAAUCUAUAGUCAGCAGUAAGACUGGUCGGGUAUUUCUGUCCUUCUCUGUGUACUCCAACACCAAGAAGGUGUUCAACACAUACCAGCCUCCAGGGCAACUUCCGGCGCUUCACGGCAUCCGGGUCAUCAGCACUUUGUGGAUCAUCUAUGGACACACAGACUUCUUUGCCGAUAACACAUUGACAACGAACAGACGAGAGAAGAAUGAAUGGUACUCACAGUGGUGGUAUUUCAUACGCGGAAGCAUGGACUUGUCCGUGGACACAUUCCUCCUACUUAGUGCGCUGCUGGUGUCCUACCUGUUCAUGAAGCAGCUGAAGAAGAAUGGCGGCUCCUUUACUGGGAAGGACCUGCUUCUUCACUACCUGCACCGUUACUGGAGGCUGACUCCUGUGUACGCCUUCCUCAUCAUGAUAUUUGUCUGCCUGACGCUCUACAUGGGGACGGGACCCGUCUGGGCUAGUCCUUCCAACAUCGCCAUGAGCAACAUGCGAGGCUGCCAGUCGUGGAUGUGGACAAACCUGUUAUACAUCAACAACUGGUUUGGUGAUUGUUUCGGCUGGGCGUGGUACCUUGGUGUGGACAUGCAGCUGUACGUCAUAGCUCCGGGCCUACUGGUUCUGCUCUACAAGUUUCCGAAACUGGGUUUAUCCUUUAUCAUGAUUUUGCUCACUGGCAGCAUGAUGGCCACCGGCCUCAUAUACCAUUUCCUUGUCAAUCAGGUGGGAGGCGAGCAGUAUUUCAGUGCAGUUUACGCAAACACUUUCACCCGUGCGGGACCAUACAUGGUGGGACUACUGCUGGGGUACAUCCUCUUCAAGACCGACCGCAAAGUACCCAACACACUUCGCACUAAGGCGCUGAUGCUGGCGGGAUGGUUCGGCGCAGCAGCCGUUGCCGUUCUGUUUGUUGCUGCCCCUGAGUAUAUCGGGGGACGCCCGUACGCCGUCUAUGACUCUGCAGCCUGGAGGGCGUUUGACAGGACCAUGUUUUCCUGUGCUGUGGCCUGGGUCGUGUUCGCUUGUAGUGUUGGAUAUGGAGGUAUCAUCACGGAGUUCCUGUCCUGGAGCGGGUGGGUGCCGUUGAGUCGCCUGACUUACACUGCGUACCUCGUGCACCCCAUCGUCAUGCAUGUCUACACCAUGUCCCUCAAGACACCACUGUUCUACUCGGCUACUAACUGGUGGUUCUACUUCAUUGCGUACUCCUUCAUGGCCUUCCUGUGCGGCUUCGUUGCCUCCAUCAUGGUGGAGUUCCCGUUCUUCGGGCUUGAGAAGCUGAUCUUCCCCCAGCGCAGAGGCAGGGAGAGCUCCAAGGCAUCAAACAACGUGGCCAACGAGGGACAUGACAACCAAGCUCUGGAACUGCAGCUUCCCGAACAAGCUGGCAGUUUUCCUGACAAACUGGUCAAUGGAGAGGGUAACGAACAGUUGGCUGGAGCUGUCCCCAAGAACAAGGAGCAAUUCGACAAUAAAGUUUAGAAUCAUGAUCAGGCUUUAAGGAUAUUGGAGUUUUCAUUUAGUAAUUUCUCUCGCCUGCUUACGUUGCUAUCGUCUUAUAGGCAUCGAAACGUAAGCAUAUAUAGCCCGGACCCACAAGGGCGACUGAACUGAACUGAAGUCAAGGUCCUCAUCGACUUCCAAUGGACGAACAUCAGGUGGCGCUUGUACGACGAGAGCACAAUCCCAGACUUGGCUAAGUUUGUAGACCCUCUUCAAAGCUCAUCGCUGGCUUUCUUAGUCAGACAGCCUCCUUGAUCACCUCCUUAGCAACUUUUGGCAUUGUGUUCUUGUCGCAAAAGCGCCACCUACAUCGGGUACAUAUAUUCAUAUAGCAGCGAGAUUCAGCACUCCAGUCAGAUUAGCUCUGAGGAAGAUGUCUGACAGGCAUCGAAAUACAAGCAGAUGAGAGACAUAAGUGGAUGUGCAAGAGAAAACUCCAAUAUCCUAUGUGCUACCAACCUGUAUGAUGUAUUUUUUUGUUUGUAUGUGUGCAUAUGAGUCAGCUUCCUGAUUCAAAUGAAAAAUUAAAUUUUGCAAUUAAGUUUUCGUAUUUUACAUACUAUUAUCUAUUGCUACUGUUUGAUAAAAUUUUUUUUUAAAACUAAUCAUAGAGGUGUACCAGGCAUAUAUGAAAACCGGUUAUAUUGAAGUAUGAUCUUUGCCUAUUUUUAAUCUACUUUCAAUUGGUACUUGUAAUUGUAUUUUCAGUAUAUUGUAUAUGUAUACAUGUACGAAACAUGAGAGUGAAAUGACAAAAUGGUACAAGAUUCUUACUGUAUCACCUUGGUACUAUUAAUAGGCCUUUGUGCAAAUAUUUCAAUUUGUGCCCAUGUCUCUCAUUACAGAUAAUUAAUUGCGUAUUCCUACUAUAGAGACUUUACCAGUGAUUUAUCAGAAAAUAAAGUGCAUUUGCUUUUU